AUGCAAGUAGAGAGCAAUCGUUGUAAAAAAAGUCAAAGAAUCGAUUUAUGCUACUCCAUCAUGAAGGUGAUCAACAUUCGCUGGAGGAUCUUUCUGCCUGGUCUGCUGGUGGUUAUUUAUUUGCUGAGUGCCCUGGUGAUUUUUGGAAUGGAUUUAACUGGCAUUCAGCCGGUGGAACCGCGAGUUGCAAAAAACCAUUCAAAUGUUGAAAGAAGGAGUCGAGUGUUUAAAAGAAAAAUUCGUAAACCAAAUUAUAAAUCCUGGGGACGGUUGCAUCCGAGCUCAGAGAUAAAGCCCCGAUAUCGGUUUAGUGGUGGCAGAACGGCAGUGAAGUUCGUGAUUGGAGUGCCUACUGUUUUGCGACCCAGAACGAACUAUGUGCUUCCGACCGUGUACAGUUUAAUCCAACAGAUGACCCCAAAGCAAAGAGAUAAUUGCCUCAUUGUAAUUUAUGUGGGUGAAACGAAGCUGCAGUUUGCCAAGUAUAUAGUCAAGACCCUCCAUGUAAAUCAUUCGGAGCAUAUGCGAGCGGGUCUUAUCGAUGUGAUUGCUCCACCACUGAAUUACUAUCCGAACUUUUCGAGACUGCACAUCACACUCCACGACGAUCCGAAGAGGGUUUAUUGGAGGACCAAGCAGAACCUGGACUAUAUAUACCUGAUGUCCUAUGCCAGGUCAAAGGGUUCCUAUUAUCUGCAACUGGAGGACGAUGUGAAGUCGAACAAGGGAUUUCUGGACUACAUUGAGAAGUUUGCCAUCCUUCAUGGGAAUUUUCGGUUUGCCCAUCAACCCGAUUGGAUUGCCAUAAGCUUCAGUGACCUGGGAUUCAUUGGGAAACUGUUUCCCACCUCGGUUCUUAACUCUUUUGUUGCCUACUUGCAGUUGUUUUUCAAUGAUCAACCCAUCGACUGGCUGCUCCAGAGUUUCGUGACCCUGCAAAGCUGUCGCUGGGAUAGUAUUGCCGAUCCGAACUGCCAAAUGGACUACGAAUCCAGACUGAUUCGUGCCGGACAAUCGCAGUUCCAGCACAUGGGUGAGUUGUCCUCGCUGGCGGAGAAACUACAGUAUCGAAAGGAUGGAUUCUUCAAUCACAAUUUGGGAAGACAGCGCAUGCAACAUCUGCGACAGCCGUUCAACCUCAUAGCUUCACAUCGAAAUGCGCUCUUGAAGCAGGAUCUCGAUCUCAAAUCGGGCGAAACGUUUAUCUGGAUUUACAUGCCUCAGAUGCCCAAAAUGGUGAAGUACCUCAUCAAAAAUCAGUUCAAAAACACGCAGAUUCGUAUCAGAAAUGCCAAGGAUACGGCGAUUAAUUUGGCGGAGUUCAAUGUACAUUUGGUGAAGGAAUCACCCACUUUGGAGAAAAACAGUUCAGCUACAGAAGAAUGUGGUUUCGUCUUGUGUCACACAGUUUUAGGACACGAUGAAAAAGAUUUAAAUAAGGAGGAGCUACCCUAUAAUUAUAUGUACUACUACAUCAAGGAGGAACCCGAUGGUCUUAACUGGUUCCGUCGAUUUCUUUGGGCUUCCAAUGGAUCUGUCAAUCAUAAAUUGAUGUCCUCAUCACCACAUUUAAUCCUUGUCUGCUUGCAAUUAAUUAUUUUAUUUAUUUCAUAGAAAAAAUAAAAUAAAACCACUUCAAAAUGUA